AACCCUAUAAAUAUUUUUUAUAGGAAAAUUUUUAAUUGUGAGACAAAAUGUUGGUUGAUGGGUAGGUGGGUGGGUGGGUAUUGCAAAAUAUACUUGCCUCUGAAAAUAUUCGAGUUCACCACGCCACUGGUUUGUAUACAAAGCGUAUCAUAGUGUUUUCGAUAUUCUACGUUAUUGAAUACUUACACGAUACACAACAUUUUUGUUUUUGUUUUUUUGGGCACACAGUUUUCGCGUGUUUUAGUAAACCGUUAUUUUUAUUUUUUACGUUUUUUAAAAAAAUACAACAUGGACGACGAACAUGUAACUGUAUCUCCAGCUAAAAAAAAUCCAAAAGGAAAAUUUAUUGGCACUGGUCAAAGGAAAAUUGUAAUUAAUCUCUACAAAUAUUUCGUUGAAAAACAGUCUGAAAAUCCAGACAGCCCCCGAUUGACCUACAGACAAAUGCUAUUAGAAAUUUCAAAAUCCUCAGGUAUUGGACAACGUAUAAUACAAACAAUAUUGUCGGAGUACAAAAUACAAGGUAUAGUUUCAUCGCCUACCAAGGAAAAACAUAGACCUACAGUAAUUGAAAAAAUCGACGAAUUUGAUAAAAACGCAAUUAGGCAAAAAAUUCAAGAAUUUUGGAGGAACCGUGAAGUACCAACAAUUAAAAAAAUUUUGGUAGCCAUUAAUGAGGAUGAAACAUUGCCUAAUAUGAAACGUACGUCAUUCCAGGCAGUGUUAAAAGAUUUACAAUUUGAAUACGUGAAAAAAAAUCGUAAUAGUGCACUUCUCGAAAGAGAAGAUUUAAGAACUUGGCGCUGA